AUGGACCGUGAUGAGGUCCUCUCUCAGCGUGUUGUCGAAGGCAUGAUUGCCGACGGCGACACGAUUGUCAUCUUCCAAGACUACGUCUUACGACUCAACGGAUGGCUCGACAAGCAUCCCGGCGGCUCUCUGGUUAUUCAGCACAUGGUGGGCCGAGACGCGACCGAUGAAAUCACAGCCUAUCAUUCAGCUGCCACGCUGCGAACGAUGAAAGGCUACCGGAUUGGUCGGAAACCGACGGGUCCAUGGCUAAAUAAGACUCCUCCAGUCAGGGGCGGCAUCUUUCGACCAUACAGCCUCCACAAUGAGCCGGAGAUUCCGGACUCGUCAAUCUGGAUCUCAGAACCGGAAAGCCUUUCAGACGAUGCCGACAAUGAUUCGUCCGACGAUCUUCUUAGCGACCGCCUAAGCUCCUCAUACACACCUGCGUCUCUGUCUCCAUGCAGCACCCCUAGCUUGGACGGCGUUGACGCACCAAAUGCCGGCAUCCCUCGUCUAAGUUUGGGAAAAGGUCUUAGUCUUCGCAAACGCAUAGCUUCAUCUGCCUCAUCUACUACUAGUGCUGCUACUCCGCCGACCAAAUGCCCUGUCCAAUACACGGAUUGGGCCGUGCAGCAAGGGGUCGAUAAGGGCGUGCGCGACUACCCGUCUGUAGAUCCCGCGGUGCAGCAAGGUAUCGUCGACAGGUACCGAGCAUUACAUCAGCAGAUCCACGAUGAAGGGCUUUACAGCUGCCGGUAUAUCGAAUAUGGCAAAGAAAUGAUUCGAUAUACGAGUCUGUUUAUUGGCUUUCUCACUGCUUUGUACUUUGAGUGGUACAUGACUUCAGCUGUUAUGCUGGGGCUCUUCUGGGUUAGCAUUGCUCAUCAAAUCAUGUUCACUGCUCAUGAUGCUGGCCAUCUAGCCAUUACUCAGACAUUUGCCGUCGACACGCUCAUCGGCAUGUUCGUCGCUGACUUUUGCUGUGGCCUGUCCAUUGGGUGGUGGAAGAGCAGUCACAAUGUCCAUCAUCUCAUCACCAAUCAACCAACUAAUCUUGUAACUCAGGAGCAUGAUCCCGACAUUCAGAAUGUUCCUCUUUUCGCCACCUGCCCUUCCUUCUUUCGAUCACUUCGUUCCACCUACUACAACAAUUUUGUCUUCGUCUGGGAUGCUGCUGCUGAUUUCAUUGUUCAAUACCAAAAGUAUAUAUACUAUCCCAUCAUGGCCCUCGCCCGCUUCAACCUCUACCUUCUCUCGUGGCUACACCUGCUAUCCGGCAAAUCAUCUUCGCUGGGAUCUACCAAGGCAUGGUGGAUUCGGCCGACCGAAAUCGCAUUCUGUAGCUGCUACUGGUUCUUGUUUGGGUACUGCCUUGUUUGGCGCUCACUCCCGACUUGGACUAUUCGGGUGGCCUUUGUUCUAGUAUCGCACAUCGUCACCAUGCCUUUGCAUGUCCAGAUUACUCUGUCGCACUGGGGUAUGUCGACAUCAGACCUAGGCGAGUCCGAGUCAUUUGCCCAACGCCAGCUACGAACCACCAUGGAUGUGGACUGCCCUGCCUGGCUUGACUUUAUUCAUGGCGGCCUGCAGUUUCAAGCUGUCCAUCAUUUGUUCCCACGAGUUCCAAGGCACAAUCUCCGAAGAGUACAGACUCUCGUCAAGGAAUUCUGUCAAGACACUAGUGUUCCCUAUUCUAUUUUGGGCUUUGUUGACGGUAACCACAAAGUUAUUGGCCGCCUUGACGAAGUGAGCGAACAGCUCAAGAUGAUGCUGGACUGCCAAAAGCAUAUGGCUGAGACAGGGGAGAGCGGACUACACUGA